UAUAUAUCGUUGGGUCUCAGAUUUAAGGGCACACAGUUGUUGGCUACAAACUUUUAAGGACACCUCAGUUUCGUGCCUGCAGCCAGGUAUACAAAAACAUUAAGCAUCUAUUGUGUACCUUUAAAGGGCUUAAAUAAACAUGUCAGAGAGAGAGGAAGUUGAGUAUGAGGCUUGUAAAGUCUGGUCAGGAUCAAACAUCUGUUCGACAGCAAGCAGAUGCUGUGGAGGAACCUGGAGACGAAGAAGGAUCGAAACCAAAGCAGAAAUCAUUUGUACCAGCUUUGGUUCCUCCCAAAAUUCCUGAUGGAGAGAAAGUUGAUUUUGACGACAUUCAUCGCAAACGCAUGGAGAAAGACCUAACAGAGCUGCAGACGCUCAUCGAUGCUCACUUUGAGAAAAGAAAGAAGGACGAAGAGGAACUCAUCGUCCUCACUCAGAGAAUCGAGAACCGGAGGUCAGAACGGGCCGAACAGCAGAGGAUUCAUGCAGAACGAGAGAAAGAACGUCAAAACAAACUCGCCGAGGAAAAGGCACGAAAAGAGGAAGAAGAGGCAAAGAGGAAGGCUGAUGAUGAUGCAAAGAAGAAGAAAGCUUUUGCAAGCUUUCAGUAUACAGGAUACAUGCAGAGGACAGACAAAAAGGGCGGACCGAAGAAACAAACCGAGAGAGAGAAGAAAAAAACGAUCCUCAAUGAGCGACGUAAAGAUUUGAACGUGGACAACCUCAGUGAGGAUAAGCUAAGAGAGAAAGCAAACGAACUCUGGAAGUGGAUGCGGCAACUGGAAGGGGAGAAAUUCGACCUGCAAUACAAACAUAUGUGCCAGAAAUAUGAGAUCACUGUGCUUAGAAAUCGAGUCAGCGAACAUCAAAAGAUUACCAAAGGCUCGAGAAGUAAAAGACGACUGAGAAAAUAAAGCCGCUUCAUCAGCAAUGAGCUUCAACCUGUAUGAGUUCAAAGCCCACUGAGAUUUAUGCUUUAUAGUUUGUCUUUCUUCUUGAAUAAAUAAUGCAAUA